AUUCAUAUUUUUAGGGAAUAUAAUUAAAGAAGUAGAAUUUCGGUAAAGUAAUUCUGUAAUUUGACUGAUAUGGUUGUGUUCUAAAAUAAGUUUAUGUCUUCAUGGAUCUCUUAGAAAUUAAGUCAAAAUGGUUGGACUUCCUGUGAGAUAAAUGAAAAGAAGCCAACUUCCGGCGACGCUUCAAUGUUUUCAUUAGUGUUAUAAAAUUUAAUGUAGACAAAUGUGAGGUUAAAAAUCAUAAAUAAAAAUCAAAGUUAAACAGUGAUUUAUAAAAAUGAAAAAAUCGUUCAAGGGGAUUAUCGAUGAUGUAAUUAUAGAACCAUCCAAAGUUCAGCCAAUCAUUGAGAAAACAUAUAUAAUUGUUUUAUAGUUAAUUUUCAAAAUGGAGAGCUCAAGGAUGAGGAAGCCAAAAAAAUGUCGUGUGGAUUAUUUUACGAUCAAAACAGGAAGAGGACGAUGCUGGCUAUGUCAAAUGGACAGAUUGUUUAUAGAGGUUAUAAACCAGAUACGAGCCAAGAUUUGAUGCGUAGUAUGCUUGUUCUUCAUAACAGAAGGACAGGAAAGGUAAGAUUGGUUCAGGUUGAACGUUGGCAAGUGACUCCAGUUUUGGAAAAACCAGCAGUGGAAGAUAAUAAGGGCGCAGAAGAUGAAAAGAUCGCUAAGUUGAACAAACAGUUUGGUUCAAAGAAAGUAAAAAGGAGGACAGAGCAAUACGAAAGAUUAAAAGUGAAUGUAGAAUCUGUUAAAGAACAGCUUGAACAAACUGUAUCUAAUGUUGAAAUUGACAGAAUGGACUUGUCAAUACAAUUGCCAGAUAACGAGUAUAUUACAAAUACCACUUUACCAGAGUGUAAUAGAGAUGCAACUAGUGUAAAUGAUGUAUAUAAUAUUUUUGAUAUUGUGCCAAAAAGUACAUUGGAAUCUUUGUACGAUAGUGUUACAGAAAUUUUAAAUGGCAAUUCUGAUAAUAUACAAGAAAACUCAAAAUUUUUCACUCGGACAUUAUAUCAUGUGAAAUCUGAUCCAGAUAGUCUUAAAAAGGCUGCGCUGCUGAUUUAUGUUCAAUCAGUUGCAGCAUGGUUAAAUAUGCCAAUCAAGGAUGCUAAAAAACGUGGUAUUGAAGUUUGUUCAGCUUCUCAAGAAAUUAAUUCACAUAUAAUAGACACGUACAGUGUUCAGAGUAAACAUGGGAGAAUGAGACCAACCAGUGUAAAAGAUAAGGGAGUAAUACACUGUAUGAUCUUAGCAUUGAUAAUUAACAACUUUACAUUAGAUUUGGAAUUAUUUGCAACCAUAUUCAGUCAUCGUAUGGGUCUAAAAAAAAUGACAGACCUUGCUAGAAUUAUUGGCGCUUUACCUAACAAAGAGAACAAGAAACUUAUUACUCUAAAAGUUCCAUUGCCUACAGCAGUAUCUGUUGUAAAAAAAGGAAAAAGGAAAUAGUUAUACAUGGGUACAAAUUUUCUGUAACUGUUUUAUAAUUGAAUUACAUUUAAUGUUUGUUAACUUUGUAUAAAUGGAAACCAAAUUUAUAUUUAAUUGAAUAAAAAUUCGUUUAUUAUAGUUCGACCAUA